AUGGCUCGCAAAGCGCCGGCCCCUAGUCGUGUCCAGGGACUCGCCGCGCAGACGGGCUGCGUUGGAUCUAUGGCCAGGUUUUGGGAGAAAACAUACGCGCCAGAUUACCUAGGCCUUGCGCUGCUAUUCACAUCUUAUCUGCUGCUGGUCUUCCUCGUUCAACCCUUCCACCGCAUGUUCUUCAUCAACAACAUCAACAUCCAAUACCCGCAUGCCUUGGUCGAGAGGGUGCCGGUGAAAUGGGGCAUCGUGUAUGGAGCUAUUGUGCCGCUGUUCGUACUGGUGGUUUGGCUGAGUGCUUCGAGGGCUGGGGUACAUAAGUUCCAUGUUACUAUCCUAGGACUGCUCAUCAGCAUCUUCCUCACCCUCUUCAUCACCGACUCCAUCAAGAAUGCCGUCGGACGUCCUCGGCCAGAUCUCAUAGCUCGCUGCAAGCCAGCACCCGGAACACCCGACAAUGUGCUCGUCACAGUCGAUGUAUGCACAGAGACAGAUUCGCACACGCUGCAUGAUGGAUGGAGGAGUUUUCCCUCUGGACACUCAUCUUUUGCAUUUAGUGGACUGGGGUUUUUGGCUUUAUUCUUCGCUGGACAGAUGCAUGUGUUUAGACCCAGGACCGAUCUUUCCAAGGCUCUGCUUGCGAUUGCGCCGCUGCUGGGAGCUGCACUUAUUGCUAUAAGUCGGUGUGAGGAUUAUCGUCACGAUGUCUACGAUGUCACCUGCGGUUCAGUCCUAGGCAUGACCAUUGCAUACUUCUCAUAUAGACGAUACUACCCUCGGCUGCACUCGGCUAAGUGCGAUGAGCCGUUUCAAUCGCGCGAAUCGAGCUUCAAUGAGGGAUUCGCCAAGAUCAAAACCGACGAAGAGGCUGCGGGGCCAGCCAAGGACUUAGAAUUGAGCGAUGAUGAGAUUAAUUAG